UCAUUCAAUGAUUCAGUGAUAAACACAACUCGCAGGCGCGCCCUCGUUCGUCGCCGUCGCUCGUCGCUCUAGCCCGCUCCAAUCCAUGAGCUGAUGAAGGCCGUGUAGUGACCAGUGAAGCCACGAGCAUGACGGUGGCUUGCAGGCAACCAUCGCCGCAGGAACAACGGCGGUUUUACCAUAUUCUAGAAAAUGACUGAAGGUCGUCAACAUGACAAGUCGAUGUGCAUACGCAUCUGGUUGGAGGUGGGUCACGCUUGUGAGCCCAGGCGCUCGUCGUCGGGCCGCGCCGACUGGCGGGUGUGGGUCCGCGGCGUGGCCGGCGCCGACAUCAGCAACUUCGUGCACAAGGUGGUCUUCCACCUGCAUCCGCCCACGGAGUUCGUCUAUCCUAAAAGAGUUCUCCAAGAGCCGCCAUAUGAGAUUCAAGAGUCUGGCUGCGCGUCAAUCGAAAUUCCUAUCCACGUGUACUUGAAAUACAGCGACAAUCCGAAGAGGAUACGGCUUAAAUAUAGUCUGCUGAUAGAGAACAGCGCGCGGAGCAGCUCAGAGUCUCGGUGUAUCUACUACGACUUCGGGAACCCGUCCGAGCAGCUCCGACAGUGUCUCAUGAGGGCUGGAGGCGAGGUCAUCGCCAGAACAGGCGCUUUAACACACCCUGGCAGCUUGCUGGUAGUGCUUUCUGACAGCGGCGAAGAGCGGCCACGCCACAGCAAACAAAAAAAGUACGAAUUCGUCGAACCCAUUCAGACCAAAGAGCAUUACGAGAAGAAAGUUUACGAGCACAAGUGCGAAUCGUCGGUGGAUUUCAGGAGUUUGCUGAGACAGGUGUCGAUGACGGAGGACGAGAUAAAGCACGUGUCGCAGCUGUAUUUAUCGUACAGUAGUUAUGAGAAGUCCGGUGACGCGCUGCCGCUGCCGCCGCUAUCGGAUCCAAUUUAUCAGGUGCCCGAGUUGCCGGCGUCGCUGCGCCGCGCGCUCACCAGCGUGGAGGCCGACUAUGCGAUGCAGUGACCCCUUGAGCUCUGUAUUCACAGACUUGCAAGAGCGGAAGCACAAUGUUAUUUUUCGGCUUUCGCCCAUGCAUGGCUUUGAGUACAGGGUUUUACGAGUGGAUUAAUUACUCAAGCGAAGCAGUAUAAGAGCGUAGAUACUUCGAUUACUCAUAGUUAACUAUUAGUCGUACUUUAAAAUGAGUAAUAUAGUGAAUCGCUUGAGAGCCGCUCUCGCCCUCAUUUUUGCAACUAAAAUAAUAAUAGUUGCCACAGCUCAGGGGGCCUACCGCGAAAAUCAAAGUUCGUAAAUUGCGGGAAUUUUUCUCUGUCACUCUAAUUACGUCUUAGUGAUAGUAAAAGAUAAAGAUCCCCGCAAUUUGCAAAUUUCGGUUUUCGCGAUAGGCCCCCAGUAGUCAAUCUCGUAGUCUACGGUGCCAUUUGACACUUGCAAUUGCACUUGUCUUUAUACUGUUCUUAUUUUAAUUAUGUUUCUAGAUAAUUACUGUUAUUGUGUCUUUGUCCGGAGAUUUAUUUAUUUUGUGUUAGCAUUACGAAGUUGUUUAAGUUACGAUACGUUAGUCAUAUAAAAGUUCAAGAGUAAUAUAUUUUUUACGAUAGUUUCUGUUAAUUUGUGUGCUGUGACUAAGAUCUCAGAUUACUUUAUUUUCAGUAAGAACAUCUUAGGUGAUAGAGUUGCUAGAAUAUGUUUAAGCUCAAAAUCUAUAUUUAUUUUUUACAUAGUAUCCAAUUAGGUAAACAACUUACUACAACUUGUUCUUUUUUAAAUAGGGUUCUGUGGUCAACAAGUAACCGUUUUCGGAGCUUAGUUUAAAUUAGAUAGGGUCAGACCAAGAUAAGUUGGCAGCGAUUUUGACAGCCCCGGUAAGUGUUAUUUUAAACGUCUAACUUCUAUGAAAUGAUGUCGUUUGCUUAACACUUGCACAGGCUGGGCUAUCAAAAUCGCUGCCAACUUAGCUUGGUCUGACUAGUGUAUUUUUGUAGUAACCAGCUACUAUGGAACCCUACACUACACUGAGUAUGGCCCAACAUGUUCUUGGCUGUUUUUUUUUAAUGUUUACGAAUAGUUUACGUUUGUUAGUUCAUAUUAAUGUUAACAAAGUUAUGUUAGAAAUGAGUGUGAGUUGUGUGUGAAUAUUGUGUAUGUUGGUAAGGGGGUUGUCAUCUACUCCAUUUAUUAUAUAUCUUUUAUUGCGUCUUUAUAGGGGUUAUUACAUUUACCUUUUUGCAGGACACUUUUUGCCAUCUUUCUGCUAAGACGGACAGGGAAAUAACAUAUACCUUUCCCUUUCUCUCUCGGCAGAAAAUGUCCUGAAAUAAGGUGGAUGUAAUUAUCCCUUAGUUAUAGCUCAUAGCUAGUUAUAAUAAUAUAAUAAUAAUACAUCUUACUGUGAAAAAUGCGAUAAUGCUCAAAUAUAAAAUUUACUUACUGAGAGCAAUAUAUCUAUUUCGUAUUUCAAUAAGUAAUCAUUUCCCGUACCGUCCGGGAUAGGAGCAGAUUGUCGUCUUACGGGUUAAUAAUCGGGAUCAGGAGGAGGAUGUUAAUCUGUAAAGGUCUAUAGCCACUUUGUAAGGCCCGAGUGGACGCUCGCAGCGGGGCGUGCAGCGUGGCGUCGGGCUCGCAAGUGAUUUGAGCAGCGUGCACGCUCCUAUACGUUUGCAUUUGUUUAACAUGGACGCCGCACACCCCGCCAAACUCAAGCGUCCACUCAGUCAUCACUUAGUUAGUUAGACUUCGUUUGGAAGGUAGCUGUAGGGUUUAUGAAAUCUAUCCUUUCGAGGUUUCGAGCCGACACUUUCGGCUAUAUUGCUGCUAAAAGCGAGAGGAAAAUAACAUGUAUACCUUUCCCUGUCCCUCUCAGCAGAAAGUGCCCGGCAACUGGAUAGAUGUAGUAACUCCUUAUUUUAACCGCUCAAAUUCAAAGCGCUCUGUGGUACAAUGGGACGUAAGUACAGUCUUAGCAACAAAUAAUGAAAUAUUAUGGUACAUUAUGAAGGUUCUAUGUGUUUUCUAUGUAACAUUGUUGACUUGUGUUGUAAAUUUUGGCUUAGACACACUAUCUAAUUUGUAGUUUA